GGAGAGAGAGAAAAAGAGAAAGUGGGAAAGAGGUGAAGGAAAAGAAACAGAUGGACAGCGUGUCUCCGAGGUGCCGAUUGGAGUGUAUAUAAGAGAGGAGAUAAGGGAGCCACAGCCCCAGUUGCCAGGGUUCAUCGUCUUUUCCGCGCACACGCACACACUCGGCGUUUUGGAGAAUCUCGGUUGACACACUCGGUUCCACACAGUGACCAUGCAGGGGCUCCCGCGUUACCGAUCACUCAUUGCAUGCUGUCUGUUCAUGGGGCUGCUCAUCCAACAGAUGGCUUCCAGUCCAGUGUCACAGCUGGGUGGCCCUUCAGACGCUGAGCGCGGCGUUCAGAGCUCUCCGAAGCGUGUGGCGCGCAUGACUCCGCUGUGGAGGAUUAUGGGUACCAAACCCUUCGGUGCUUUCUGUCAGAACAACUAUGAGUGCUCGACAGGAACGUGCAGGAAAGGCCAUUGCUCCUUUAGUCAACCCAUUAAAUCCUAAAAAGAGGAUUUCAUCCUGUCCUGUCAAAGGGUCAGAGAAAUUCAUCCUCCAGCAAAACCACUUUGCUAUCUAUUUGCACAUGAAGAAGACACCAUCCACAUAGAAAAUGGAUGAGAAGGGCUUGACUUGAUUCAAUGGUUAGGGGGAGACCUGACAUGCAGAAUGUUCUAGCGUUAGAGAUGCAGAUAAGGAGGCACUUUGUUCAUGUUUUUUGGAAGAGUAAAAAGAAAGUGAUAUGAAAUGUAUCAAUGUUCAGAAAGUUUUAUGAACUUUAAUGCAAUAUUUUUUUUUCAGGGAAUAGUUAACCAUUGUAAUCCAGCAUGUCAAGUUUUUUUUUUUUUAAAUUCUGAUAGUGCACCUCUUUUUAUCUCCACGGACUUUAUAACCACAUAGACCUCACAAUUCCUUGUCACACCUUCACGUACAGUCAAUAUCUCCUUUAUAUCAGACAGAGAUUUCAGAGGGUGCUUUGGGUUAACGGUAGGG